AUGAACCAGCUCACAGGAGAGCUGGGCUCUGACCUGCUGAGCCCUUCGGCAGGUCUCAGAGAACGGCCUGGCAUCACCAGGGUUAAUUCCGAGUGGGGGAGAGUGCUCUGUGCUCCGGGUGUCUGGCCAGAGCUUGGGGGACCCAGGGUGUUGGGAACCACGGGGAUCCUGACUUUGGUGUUUUGUAGCUGCUCGGGACAGCCAGGGUCCCUGCCUUGGGACCUGCCAGCCAUCUCCAGCUGGGAACACCGAGGGGGUGACGUCUUCAUCCACAUGGAGAGCAGCCUGUAUUCACUGCCCUGCAGCCCUACCAGGAUGGAGGCGGCUGAUCACACCUACCACGGGGUCCAGGACAGGGCAGGGCCCAACUUGUUGUCAGUCACCAAAGAGGGACAUCUCCUCUUCCGCCACUUCCAAGCUGGCAAGAGUGGGAAGUACUCCUGCACCAUCUCCCACAUGAAGCACGGUGUCCCUGUGUCCCAAACAUUUCACUACAGCAUUUUAGGCUACCAUGUGCUUGGAGGCCUGGACACUGUGCUGCUCUUGCACAGCAAGCUCUGGGAUAAGUGAACCAGAAAGUUCCUGUGGGGUCUACAGGAUAAGCUGAGGCAGCGAGAGAUCGAGCAGCACUGCAAACUCCAGGGCACUGCCACCUGCUUGCCCUUGCUCAGCAGCCCUUCGGAUACGUUCAUCAGCCAAGCAUGGCUGGAAGUGUCUCUCUUUGGGCCCCACUGGGACAAAUACUGCAGCUCUCAGGACAUGGAGACAGUCAGAGGCUGCUACCACAGAACAGCCCGGCACAACCUCGGGCAGGUCCAGCUCGCCCUUACCAGGUUCUUCAAGGAGCACAAGUCCUUCCGUAUCACUGGGGCUGAUAUCCCCAGCAUCAUCUUCACCAACGAGUUUGUUGGCUUCUUAAAAACCAAGCAGUGCAGCUGGAGUUAUGGGCAGACCAAGCAGCUGCAAAGAUGUCUCGACUGUUGCAUUGUAUGCCCACCAGGGAUGUACAGCCCUCUUAAGAACAGCCAGUGCUCCCCGAGCCCUGUUGGGACCUACAGCCUGACCUACGGGGUGGCACUUUGCACUCCCUGAAAGGACAGCAUGAUCACCGUGGUGCCAGGUGCCAUAUCCAUGACAGACUGUGUCAAGAAGGAAAGGACCAAGCAGGCUGUCUCCAUCACACACAGGAUCUCAGUCCUGUUUCUUAUCAUCUUGCCAGCAAUACUAGCCAUCAACUUUCUCUUCAUCCUGUAA